AUUAUAAUCAUCAAACAUAUUAUAAAUACGUUAAUUUGAGAAAGUUGACAACGAUUUGCAUUGCAAGUGUCUUAUAAAGCCCAAAUCACAAAAUUGAAGCACAAUCAAACCUCAUUGAGUACCCAUUCCUUUCCGAUGGACCACCACAACCCCCACCACCACAAUCAUGGCCAAAAUAGCCUAAAAGAAACACAAAUAGCAGUGGUAAUGGUGCCGAUACCAGCUCAAGGCCAUCUCAACCAGCUUCUCCACCUUUCUCGUCUCAUCUCAUCUUAUGGUAUACCAGUCCACUAUGUCGGAACCACCACCCACACCCGCCAAGCCAAGCUGCGUGUCCAUGGUUGGGAUCCUCUCUCCGUCAACAACAUCCAUUUCCAUGAAUUGCCAACCCCCUCCUUUCUCUCUCCCCCUCAAGACCCCAACGUCUCCUUCCCAUCGCAUAUUGUGCCAUUACUUUAUGCAUCAUCGAAACUUCGUGAUCCUGUUGCCACACUUCUACAAGCUCUCUCAACUACAACUAAAAGAGUCGUCGUCAUUCAUGACUCUCUAAUGGCGUCACUUGUCCAAGACAUCCCUUCAAUAUCGAACACGGAGUCCUAUAGUUUCCAUAGCGUCUCUGCUUUUUCUUCUUGCUUGUUCCUCUCGGUAUUGGGAAGACCUGUCUCAAUUGGACAAGAUAUACUAAAAGAGGCUCCAUCAAUGGAAAGCUGUGUAACAUCACAGCUCAUUGAAUUUAGUCAAACACAACAAGAGCACAAGAAUUUCAACUCUGGAACUCUUUACAACACCUGCAAAGUAAUAGAAGAUCCAUAUCUUGACAUACUUGCAGAGAACCAAACUGCUGGAACUAAGAAGCAAUGGGCUAUUGGACCAUUUAAUCCAGUAGAGAUAUGGAAGAACACAAAUUCAAGUACCCGCCACCCAUGCUUGGAGUGGCUUGACAAACAGGUUCCAAAAUCUGUGAUUUUUGUAUCAUUUGGAACCACUACUUCAUUAUCUGAUGAUCAAAUCAAAGAGCUUGCAAUCGGGUUAGAACAAAGUGGGCAAAAAUUCAUCUGGGUGUUGAGAGAUGCAGAUAAAGGAGAUAUAUUUGAAGGAGAGGCUAGAAAAGCUGAACUUCCAAAAGGGUACGACGAGAGAGUGGCAGGAAGAGGAAUAGUGGUGAGAGACUGGGCACCUCAAUUGGAGAUUCUGGGGCAUCCUUCAACAGGUGGUUUCAUGAGUCAUUGUGGGUGGAAUUCAUGCAUGGAGAGUAUGAGCAUGGGAGUGCCAAUAGCAACCUGGCCAAUGCAUUCAGACCAACCAGCCAAUGCUCUGCUGAUAACAAAGGUGCUUAAAGUGGGUCUGCUGGUGAAGGAUUGGGCUUGUAGACAUGAGAUUGUGACGUCAUUAAUGGUGGAAAAUGCUGUUAAAAAAUUGAUGGCGUCAACCGAGGGAGACGAGAUCAGGAAGAGGGCGGCAGAUUUGGGUGUUUCUAUUCGGCAAUCUGUGGAGGACGGCGGACUUACUUGUAUGGAGUUGGAUUCUUUUAUUAGUCACAUCACUAGAUAG